AGAGCCCCCCCCUCGGCCGUGCGAGGCUCCCCCGGCGGGGCGGGCGCGGCGCGGCGCAACGCAGGCCCGGCGGCCGCAGGAAGGGGAGGGAGGCGGCGGCGGGCGCCGCCAUCAUGCGCGCGCCGCCGGGGCUGCUGCGGCUGCUGGCGGCGCGGGGGUGGGGGAGGCCGCUGCGCCGCAGCCUCGGCGCCAUGGCCCGCUACGGCACGGAGCAGCGGGGGCAGCCCCACUCGCCCGAUUACCGCCUCUACUUUAAGAAUCCAGAGGGUAAAUAUAUUUCUCCAUUUCAUGACAUUCCGCUGUUUGCUGGAUCUAAAGAAGAUAAAGAGAUUCCAGCAAAGAGAUCAAAGACUACUGGAAGUGAGGGACUGUUUAAUAUGAUCGUAGAAGUGCCUCGUUGGACAAAUGCAAAAAUGGAGAUUGCCACUGAGGAGCCGUUGAAUCCCAUUAAACAAGAUAUAAAGAAAGGCAAGCUUCGAUAUGUGGCAAAUAUCUUUCCUCACAAGGGUUAUAUAUGGAAUUAUGGUGCUUUCCCUCAGACCUGGGAAGAUCCAAGCCACACAGAUAAGAUCACAGGAUGUUGUGGGGAUAAUGAUCCUGUUGAUGUUUGUGAAAUAGGUUCAAAGAUUCGUUCGUCUGGUGAGAUUGUUCAGGUGAAGGUCUUGGGAGUUUUAGGUCUUAUUGAUGAAGGAGAGACAGAUUGGAAGAUAAUUGCUAUCAGUGUGGAUGAUCCAGAAGCCCAGAAAGUCCAUGAUAUUGAUGAUGUCAGGAAGCACAAACCAGGUUACCUUGAGGCUACAAUUGACUGGUUCAGAUCAUAUAAGAUCCCAGAUGGUAAACCAGAAAAUAGGUUCGCUUUUAAUGGAGAAUUUAAAGACAAGGAUUUUGCUGUUGAAAUUAUUAAAUCCACCCAUGAAUACUGGAAAGCUUUGCUUCAUAAAAAAGCUGAUGGAGGUACUAUUAAAUGCACAAAUGUUCUGGUGAGUGGUAGCCCGUUUUGCUGCAGUGAAGAGGAUGCCCGAUCAAUUGUGCAGUCGGCACCAGCACCUGUGAAUGGAGACUCUGUUUCCGAAGAAGUUGAUGCCUGGUACUUUUUUCCCAAGUGAUCGUCAAUAAGUUCUGAAGCCACAUCAUCAAAUCUUCAAUCAUCCCUUUUUUUUCCCUUGAGUUUUGAAGACACACAGGCAAAUGAACUAAUUGCUGGAUUCCUGUUGAGACAACUUUUCAAAUUAUAUGAACUUUCUAUCAUGUAAAUAAACACUGACAUACAGUUAUGUUUCCUUUCUAUGACUGUCUUGUGCAGGGUGGAGGAGAGGGAAGAGGGCUUGCUUGCUUGUUCGUUCCUGAGCUUCAGAACUCUAGGAUUCCUUUUGUCCAUUCAUGAAGUGCAUCAAAAGAGAUGGGAGAUAAGGUGGCUUCAACCUUUGUUCUCCAGAUUUAGAAAUAAUCCAAGUCAUCAGGUGCAUAGGAAGCUGCAUUAAUUUGCAUCUCAGGACUUGUCUGUCUGCCAUGACUGUAAUCUUUUUCGGAGAGACAGUAAUCUUUGGUAUGUUGUGGGCUUAGCAGCUUACUAUGUGCUCAAAUAUGCAACUGUGCACUGUUUCCUGAGGUAUAUUCUUUUUUGUGCCCGUGGGUCUCUGCAUGUUUCAUAGCGUUAUGGGUGUAGCAUGUUUCCUUUUAAAAGCAAAUACAACUUCACUCCAAAAAGUAAUUCAAUUAGGAAGGGCUCAUGCCAUAACAAUUGAAAUAAGGAUGCACAUGUGCUCUGUGUAGUACAUCCUGUUUUGAUAACUUCUUUGUUUCAUCACACAGGAAGGAUUUUCCUUAUGGAAUGUUUCCAUUUUUAGAAUUGUGUAUGCCUGAAGGCUUCUGAUAGUUCCUCAUGCAGUGGGACAAAGUUAAUAAAGUGUAUAGAACUGAGCUUUGUGUUUUCCUAGUAAGAAUGUCUGCCAUAUUUUCUGCUGCAGGAUUAUGUCAGAUCUGUCUGUACCGCCUGGUAUUCUCUUAAAAAAAAAAAAAAAAGAAAGAAAGAGAAAAAGAAAAAAAAAUUCCCCCCCAAAAGCUGUUAAGUAGAAAGAGAGGAAAUGAUCAUGCAGAGAGACAGCUUUACCCAGCCUGUUACUGAGACCAGAGGUGAGCAUUGUCUAGUUUGUAAAAUGACUGAAACAAAGGCUUAAUAUUGCAGGCACUUGAUGGAAGUGGGAGACAGAAAACUGAAAAAUACAGGCUGUGGGCUUGACAUAGAGGAUUAACUUUUCUUUGCAAAGAAUGUUAUUAAUAAGAAAACUUUCACCCUCAGGGUGUAUUUCUUUGAUUUUAGGAGUUAAUUUUCUGCUUUAGAGAGCUUGCUCUAGAAAGUUGCUUAGUGUAUAAACACCAGUGAGGGGCCUCAGCAUUUUUGAGUAGUCUGAGUUCUCCCAUCUGCAAGGGGUUUUGCAUUGUUUUAUACAAUGCAAAAAGACUUUAAAGACUACUUUUCUGUUUUUUUGGGUUUUUUUUUUUUUUUUUUUUUUUUUUAAUCCAGAGGUAAGUUACAUCCAACAUGUAUUUACAAUACUGAUUUGGCAUAUUUGCAGGAUUCUAAGAUAGUGUGCAUUAUACCUGCAGAUGUAAUGGCCUUUCUUUUUUCUUUUAUUUUGUAAUUGAUUAAAUAGGGCUGAUGUGCAGCCUCUCAGUAUGAAAUUACUCUGGUUACAGGUGAGCUAUUGUAGAGUGCAGAACAGCUGCCACAUUUGCCUGUAUGGUGGUUACUACUAAGAGAGGCUUGCUGUUCUGUAAAGUGCUUAGGGACAGUUGGAUGAUGAAGGGCACUGUGUAAAAUCAAAUCAUCUUCCCUAUACAUAGCUCACUUCUGUACUUUUUUUAAUUUUUGAGACAUGUAAGGGAAAGGCAACAUAAGCAUACAAAAAACAGCUAUUGUUUACAAACAGAUACCCAUGCUAAACUGAAGAGUAGGUUAAACAGUAGAUAGUAUGGUUUUGUUUAGAAGUUAUUUCCUUUUUACUGUAAAUAACUUUAGUAGUGCUUUUUAAUUUAUAACUACAUUAAUGACGUAGGGUUAGGAAUUGAGAAAUAUAUGUUUAGAUCAGAUUAGACUUUAUGCAUGUAAAUAAUAAUAAAUAGUAUUUGGAAAGCUGAAAACUUAUAUGAACUGAAAUGUCUGGUGCUGUCAUAAAUUUUGAAAAUGUUAAAAUAUUUCCUGCAUGGAGAGUAUAUAAACAGAUGACUGCCUUGUCUUCAGACUGCUUACAACAUCUGCUUAUGUACAUUUUCUAAAGGUUUUUCCCAAGUGGGAUAAAAAGAUGUACAGUUACGUGUAACCUCACUGCUAAAAUGUACUGAAUGGUACUGACGUGUGCGUUUUGGAAAUAGAGUGUAAUAAAAAAGCUGUGGAGAGAAUGUCUGCUAAUAAGAGGAUCAGGGGAUGGGACAGAGAAACUCGGGAAUGUGUUUUAUAGAUCACUUCAGGAAAAACAAGUUUACAAUAAACACUUGGUUUUUGUUUUGUUUCCUAG